CCCUGCCUGGCCGGCAGAUCUUCGAGCGCGCCGAUACGUGCACCCUGGCCGACACGUACGCGACAGUCAACAAUGCCAAGCUGCCAGAUCCGUUCGUCUUCGCCAACGGCAACAAGGUUGCUUCCCAGGCCGACUGGAAAUGCCGGCAGCAGGAGAUCAGCAAGAUAAUGCAGCAGUACGAGCUGGGCACCUACCCCGGCCCCCCAGACUCGGUCAAGGGCACCCUCAGCGGCAACAGCCUCAGUGUUGCCGUGACUGUGGGGGGGAAGUCGAUAACUUUCUCGGCCAGCAUCAAGAAGCCGUCGGGCAAUGGUCCUUUCCCGGCCAUCAUCACCAUUGGCGGCGCCUCGCUCCCCAUCCCGAACACUGUUGCCACCAUCAACUUUGGCAACGACGCUUUCGCUGCGCAGUCAUCGGGUUCCUCGCGUGGCCAGGGCGCCUUCUAUACCCUGUUCGGCAACACCCAUAGUGCUGGCGCCCUAACGGCCUGGGCGUGGGGUGUCGACCGGCUCGUCGAUGCCCUCGAGCAGGUCAAUGCGACCUCGGGAAUCGACACCACCCGCCUUGGCGUCACCGGCUGCUCGCGUAAUGGCAAGGGUGCCUUUAUCGUCGGCGCCCUGGUGGACCGCAUUACCCUCACCCUGCCGCAGGAGUCGGGCUCUGGUGGCGCUGCCUGCUGGCGAAUCAGCGACGCCCAGCAGAAAGCUGGCGCAAAUAUCCAGACGGCCGGCGAGAUCGUCGGCGAGAACGUGUGGUUCUCCAAGAACUUCGACCCGUACAGCACCAAGACCUCGACUGUCCCCGAGGACCACCACAUGCUUGCUGCCCUUAUCGCCCCCCGUGGUCUCUUUGUCAUCGAGAAUGAUAUGGACUGGCUCGGCCCCGUGUCGACUACUGGGUGCAUGAAGGCUGGCCGUCAGAUCUACAAGGGCGUCGGCGUCCCCAACAACAUGGGCUUCUCCCUUGUUGGUGGCCACUCGCAUUGCCAAUUCCCUUCGUCGCAGCAGGCGGAUCUCCUGUCGUACAUCAACUACUUCCUCCUCAACACCGGCUCCGCCCCUGGCGCUGUCGAGAAGAGCUCUUCUACUAUCGACAUGGCGAGCUGGACGGGUGACUGGAAUAUCCCCGCUAGCCUGGCCUAGAGGGCGCGGUCAAGCCUGACCGGGAAUGAGGAUGGGUCGAAUUGAGGUUAUGGAGGUGAAAAUUUAGGGAGGGGAGCCUUAAGUCGUCG